AUGUGCAUGCCGUUCGGUCAGGAACAGAUCAAGCAGAUCUGCCUUGUCCAUCUUGACCCUAAUCGUAAUUUCUCGGGAUUCAACUGUCCACCAUAUGCUCGGUACUCUUUAGCUUCUGGUGCCCAAAGCGACACAGCCAACGAGCAAAACAGUAUCUUAGCUACGAUUCCCUCGCCGCCCGACGUGGCUCCAGCUCCGGUCCGGCCACAAGCGCCCAUAUCAGUCGAUGAACCUGCUUCUGUUCAAUUUUCGUUCGCCUCACCUGUUGCCGCUGAAAUUUCGCCUUCGCGCUCUUCCAAUUCCAGUUGUGCACCUGUCGAGCAGCGAUUAAAUCAACGUCUGGAUGUCGAAUAUAGUUUUGCGAAGCCACAAAACAGCGACCAAGAUGUCGUUCAUCACGAGGUACCACCCUCACAGUCACGCUUCAACGGUGUUCGGGAUGAGCGCAGGAAGCGGCAGCGUGAAUUUAGUCAUCGGACCAAGACAGGUUGCCUGACUUGCCGCCGAAGGAAGAAAAAGUGUGACGAGGCCAAGCCGGAAUGCGGCAACUGCAUCAAAGGAAACCACGUUUGCGACGAAUAUGCCCCACUUCCAAAAAUUUACGCGUCUUGGGCAGAUUCACAUUGUACUCCGAUAUCAAACGUUACUCAGCCACCCCAUUCUAGGGCGCCUGGUGCCGACGGCUACCAGCGCAACCAUGACCACCGUCCAUAUGAUCAGGAGCUAAGUUCAGAGCGAGACCGUGCCGCCACGGCUUGCUGGCGAUUCAACAAGUUGACGUGUCCGCCAACCAACGGUGUCUCUACCGUGGAGCGCGGCCGUCUGUUUUUCGAGAUUAUCCAGCCAACUGAGUCAUUUCUCUCCCCCAAUAUUGGCUGUGUUGGGCUUCAAGUCGCCGUUGAGACACCUUUUACUUGUUCAUACGGCUACAAUAUCAGCAUCGGCAACAAUGUCUCUAUAGGAAGAGCCUGCACCAUGGAUGAUGCGGGCAAGAUUCAAGUUGGGGACAAUUGCGUCAUUGGGCCUAAUGUCAGCAUGUACACCGUCGAGGCCUCUACCGAUGUUAAGCACCUUCGGGACGGCCGCAGACCCCAAGUUGCCAAGGGUAUCACCAUUCAUUCAGACUGCUGGAUUGAUGGUAGCGUUGUGAUCACGCCUGGCAGAGUCAUCGGAAAGGGUUCCAUAAUAAGCGCGGGCUCAGUUGUAACACAGGACGUGCCUCCGUUUACCGUUGUUGUUGGCAACCCUGCAAGCGUUUUGUGCUUCCUUGAGGUGCUAAUAUAG